AUGAUGCUAGCUGCUAGACUACAUGAAGUUGAAAAACAAGUGCAAAUUGAUACCAUACCCGUUCCUAAAACCCGGCCCGGUACUGUUUUAAUUCGUGUUGUUGGUUCUCAUAUGCCUACAUUUACCAAUUAUGUUUUAACGGGUAAACCGCCCUAUGUAUUACCUCAACCAUUUCCAAAUGUUCCUGAUGUAAAUUCUGUUGGUAUUAUUGAAGAAAUAGGUGAAAAUGUUUUUGAUUUGGAAAAAGAUCAAAUGGUUAUGUUGAAUCCUAUCGUGCACGGAUCACACGCACCUGAUCCGAAAUGGGACCACAUACUUGUUGGAUGGACUGCUUUGGCACAAGAUUCAUUAAGGACACAGAAAAUCAAGGGCACACAGUCAUUAUUAGUGGUGCAACAGGAUAUUACUGAGGGUGGUGCUGAUUUAAUGGUUGAUUUUAUUGGUGGAACAAAGACUACUGAUCAAGUCCUUAGUUGUAUUCGUUCGUUAAGGCCUGGUGGUAAAGCAGUGUUGGGCGGUUUCAUCGACAACAAUCUAUCUCUUUCAUAUGCAGAGAAAUUUAUUAAAAACAUUCCUCAAAAUCUUGUUCUCGCUUUUGCAAAGCAAAAUUUGGCAUGUCAAGAAAUACGAAAAUGUUUUAGAAAUCCUCAACGUUCGUCUCCUUGGAUUGCUCUACAUUGGGCAUUUUCUGGCCAACCCGAAGAAAAAGCAUUAACAACAGAAGAAGCUGUAAACACAGCUAAACAUUCUGAUUUUAAUUCCUCUGAACGUGUUGUUAUAAAUGUGUCCGGUUUAAAAUUUGAAACAAAAUUACAAACAUUAAAUAAUUUUCCUACAAGUUUAUUGGGAAAUCCUCAACGAAGAAUAAGAUAUUUUGAUCCGUUAAGAAACGAAUAUUUUUUUAAUCGUAAUCGUCCAAGUUUCGAUUCUAUUCUAUAUUAUUAUCAAUCAAAUGGUCGUUUAGCGAGACCGCAUCACAUUCCAGUAGACGUAUUUACAGAAGAAAUCAAAUUUUUUGACUUAGGUGAAGAUGCGUUCAAUAAAUUUCGAGAAGAUGAAGGAUUUGUCAAAAAAGAAGAAAAAAUUUUACCAAGAUCGAAAAUUCAACGAAAAAUUUGGUUAUUAUUUGAACAUCCAGAAUCAAGUCGAUGGGCUCGUCUUAUUGGAAUUAUAUCAGUAAUAGUCAUUUUACUGUCAAUUGUUACAUUUUGUUUAGGUAUGUCUCACGAAACUGUACCAAAAUUUAAACGUAAUCGUGUACGUCCUGCUGAUAAUUCAACGUACAAUAAUAGCCAUUUAAUGAUUCAAGAGAAUGAUAUUCUAGAAUUAUCCGGCCCGUUUUUUAUUAUUGAAACAUGUUGUAUUGCUUGGUUUUCAUUUGAAUUGAUCAUACGGUUUUGUUCUUGUCCGUUAAAAUUAGUUUUCAUAAAAUCAGUAAUGAAUAUAAUUGAUUUAGUAGCCAUCGUACCGUAUUUUAUUACUCUAUUUACAGUAUUAACACAAGAAAAAACACAAUCAGAUCAAGGUGUCUCGCUCGCUAUCCUACGAAUUAUUCGACUUGUUCGUGUAUGUCGGAUAUUUAAACUAUCUCGCCAUUCAAAGGGUUUACAGAUUCUUGGACAAACGUUACGUGCAUCUAUGAAAGAAUUAGGCUUACUCGUAUUCUUUCUAUUUAUCGGUAUUAUAUUAUUCUCGUCGGCCAUCUAUUUCGCUGAACAAGGGGAAUCGGGAUCAUUUUGUAAAUCCAUACCAGGUGCCUUUUGGUGGACAAUAAUAACAAUGGUUGGCUAUGGUGACGCGGUACCUGCGGGUAUAUGGGGCAAAAUUGUUGGUUCCACGUGUGCUAUUGCCGGUGUGCUGACCAUUGCCCUCCCUGUACCUGUCAUCGUUUCCAAUUUUAGCUAUUUCUAUAGUCGUGAUAAUGACUCAGAAGAACAAAAAGAUAUUAAAUAUGCAAGUGUAGACAAUAAUGUAGAAAAAGAAGUUGCAAAUAAGGGCGACGACACAUGUGGUGUAGUACUUAUUAGGAUCGAUAGUUCAGUUACAAAGUCUGAGUUGUCAUCAGCCGAAAGUUCUCUACGUUCAGAUGAAUCUGAUGCAUUAUUACAAGAAGACUCAUCGAAUUUUCUCAGCGUUAAUGAUAAAGGUACCGCUUAUUCAGUAGGAAUAGGCAGUGCCACAGCAAAUAGUUCAUUGACACAAAGAAAAAUGACAUAG